AUGCCUACUGAUAAGAUACGUUUAGAAGCUGAACGUAUUGUAAAUGAAGCCUGUAGCACUUUGCCGUAUGGAAAUGAUUCAGUCAAUCCAUUAAUUUUAAAUCCAGGACUCACUGUAAAUAUACCAGAGCAUGAAAUACAGUAUACAAAUCUUAUAGAUUUAUCAAUUGAUGAAUCAGAAAUAGUUCGUCUUGAACGUCAACGAAUCGCGGCUCAACGUAAAAAGUUAGAGGCGUGUAGAAAACAAAAUGCUAAAGACAAAGUCAAUGAACCUGAACCAGAUCUACUGGAAUUUUUUGAUCCAAAUCGUCAUGUAUAUCAAUCAGUCAACAUACAGACUAAAAGUCUACCAAAUUUACUGCCUACUUUACGUUGUGCUCCAGAUGAUUGUAUCCAAUUUCUACAUGAAAAUAUUCUCUGUGAUCAUUAUGCCAGUAUGUUGUAUGAUGUUUAA